AACUAACCCAUAAUGGAUUAGUGAGAUUUAAUAUUCCUAAGAUAACGGAUUAACUUAAACUAGCGACAUCCGAACUGAUGUAUUCUAAAAUGUAGCAGUACUUUUCUUCUUCGGAAGGUACAAUCGGACGCUUGGACCAGUUACACGUACCGAAAGCCACAGUUUCGUCGAGGCUCAUUCAAGAUCGAAGUUGGAACUUGGAAUUCCAUUAACGGUGCCACACGACUAAGAUACCGCACUUAUCCUUCCACCUUCAAUUACAUACCCCCUUUCUCACAACGUUGAAACACAAUCUCCUAUCUACCCUUAUUUUUCGCCUUGCCAACGUUGAUCAGCUCGACUAUAUAUUCAACGUAUACUACUAAUUCCUCGCCAGUAGGGAUUACAUUAUGUCUAGACGGCCUCCUAAUCCGGCUGCUGAAAGGGCAGCCCAAAACUCGCAGACUAUUAAGAGCCUUUUGAAAUUAGAAGCCAACAAGAUAUGCGCCGAUUGUAAACGAAACAAACACCCGCGAUGGGCGAGCUGGAACUUGGGCGUCUUUAUCUGCAUCCGUUGCUCGGGAAUCCACCGAGGAAUGGGAACCCACAUAUCGCGAGUUAAGUCUGUCGACCUAGACUCCUGGACCGACGAACAAUUACAAAGCAUUCUGAGCUGGGGUAAUGCGCGCGCCAAUAAAUAUUGGGAAUCUAAAUUAGCAGCCGGUCACGCCCCUUCCGAAGCCAAGAUCGAGAACUUUAUUCGAACCAAAUAUGAGCUGAAACGAUGGGUAAUGGAUGGGCCGAUGCCUGAUCCUUCCGCCUUAGAUGUCGAUGGCGAUGACGAUGUUCCCUUAAGCAUCGUGAAGGAGAAGCAAAGUAUAGACAGAAAAGAGUCGAUUCGGAAGAGUUCCGUUGGCCAACAAAGUGGACCACGAGGUGCGGUCCCUCCACCUCCUCAAGCAGACCUCAUUGGCGGUGAUGAUAUUCCUCCUAGAGCGAACACUGCCGGGCCAGCCUCGUCGCAAGUUCCUCCCAAGUCAGCCCCAGCACCGCCAAAGGCAGUAAAUCCGAAAGACUCACUUCUGGGCUUGGAUUUCUUGGGCGAAACACCAGUAGCCCCCCCGCGCCCAGCAAGCACAAACAAUGCAGGCGGUGUGGGCGGCCAGUCGAGACCUGACUUAAAGCAAUCUAUUCUAUCUCUCUAUGCUUCGGCCCCGCGACCUCAGCAACCGCCCCAGCAGCCGUCGCAUUCAUCUACUGGAUCAUUCGGGGGGUUUGGAGCAAUGCAAUCCCCACCAUUACAGUCCCCGACAAUGGGACAUCAGCCUCAGAAGUCAACUAGCGGAGGACUCAAUGAUGCUUUCGCAAGUUUGAGUUUCGGAAAUAUUUCAGCGCCGAAGAGCCCCCAAACUGAUGCCUUCGCGGGGUUAACGACAAUGUCUAGUAAUCGGUCUACCCCCCAACCCGCAGGUUCAUCAUUCUCGAGUCUGAGUGGGGGAGGUUUCUUUGACCCCAAGCCGGCUCAACCGGCACCUCAACAUAAACCUUCGACAAGUACAUCGGAUGCUUUUAGUGCAUUCAGCGCGCCUGCUGCUGCGCCGAAACCAAAACCAACACAAUCUUCCUCGGCGGCCUUGGGCGAUCUCUUCGACUGGUCUAACCCUGCUCCUCAACCGGCUGCUGCCAAGCCGAUCCCCUCACCAACAUCAACGGGUUCCGUAUUCAAUCUUUCCGCGAAUCAACCAAAGCCAGCCCCCACGCCAGCGCCUCUCGCUAAUACUACUGCCUCUCUAAAUACAUCUGCUUUGAAUAAUUCGGACGUCUGGGGCAAUGCCUGGAGUAACCCCGCCCCGGCUCCAGUCCCAGCUUCGAAGAGCCCGCUAUCCGUUAAGUCCCCAUCGAUCAGUGCCGGUAACGACUUCGGCGCCUGGGGUAGCGCCGGAGGAUCUUUCGCUAGUCAGAGCCUAGUACCGGGCACAAGUGGAGGGUUUACUCCUGCGCCGAAGGUGGCAGCAGACGAGGAAUUCGGUGGGUGGACGAGUAGUACAGGAACUUCCAACAACAAUGGAUCGAAGUCCGGUGGUGGAUUCGGGAAUGAGGACCUAUUCUCUAACGUUUGGCAGUAAUAUGCUUGGCUCACUAGAUAUAGGCCACGAAAUUCGAUCGGAUUGGAGGUUUUGUACAGAAUAGGGGUUGAGUCUAUGAAAAUUGAGUUCCAAGACAUAGCUGUGUCUUCUAGCUAU